AUGGCUUCAAUGAGAAGGCGAGUCCUAGCUCAGCACAGUCUUGAUAUUUCUAAUCAUUUUAGAAAGGCUUUCGCUCCCAAAUCUGGACGGCGUGCAGAUCGCCAGGGCCGCCGUAAAGUUGAACAAGACCAGACCAGACUUCACGUUCCAUUAGUUGAUCGAACACCUGAAGAUCAGCCUCCUCCGGUCGUUGUUGCCAUCGUCGGUCCUGCUGGAGUUGGGAAAACAACUUUGUUAAAGUCUUUGGUACGUCGUCACACGAAGCAGACUCUCAACCAUGUCCAAGGGCCUGUUACGGUCGUCAGUGGAAAGAAGAAGAGGAUUACUUUUAUCGAGUGUAAUAACGACCUGAACUCUAUGAUUGAUAUUGCCAAAGUUGCGGACCUUGUACUUUUGAUGAUUGACGGAUCGUAUGGCUUUGAGAUGGAAACAUUCGAGUUUCUUAAUAUUCUUCAGGCCCACGGUUUUCCGAAGGUGAUUGGGGUGCUUACGCAUCUUGACCUCAUCAAGAAAGCGGCUACUCUGCGCACCACCAAGAAGGCUUUGAAGAAGCGAUUUUGGGCGGAAAUAUAUCAGGGUGCCAAGCUGUUCUAUCUAUCUGGGGUGUUGAAUGGACGUUAUCCUGACACCGAAAUCUUGAACCUUUCACGCUUCAUCAGCGUCAUGAAGUUCCGUCCUCUUGUUUUCCGCAAUUCUCAUCCAUAUCUCUUAGCCGACCGUUUCGAAGAUUUGACUCCACGCGAGGAAAUUCGUGCUUCUAGGGGCAAAUGCGAUCGUACUGUGACAGUCUACGGCUAUCUUCAUGGCACAAAUCUGCGCAUGGGCACUAGAGUGCAUAUACCAGGUGUCGGAGAUCUUGAUGUCCAGAGCAUUACUACACUCGGGGAUCCGUGCCCUUUGCCGGACGCAGACUCCGAGAAAAGGCGUAAGCUGAGCGAGAAGAAGAAAUUGCUAGUCCAUGCUCCUAUGAGCGAUAUUGGAGGUGUCAUUUAUGAUAAAGAUGCUGUGUACAUUAAUGUUCCAGGCAACUUUACCCGGGGUAAUCCUGACGCCGUCGAGGGUGAAGGGGAAAGGAUGGUAAUGGAUCUACAAGACGUGGCGGACACACUCGAUGGCGCCGUAUCCAAAAGUCAUAUCAAAUUAUUUCAUUCGUCAUCAAAGCCUCUCACAGCCGAGGUGGCUACAGCUGCUGGUCAUUCCAGCGAUUACGACCAGUCUGACGAUGAAUCCUCGCUGGCUGGAUCACAGUCUGACGAAGACCUGUCAGAUGAAAUUGAAACAGGAGACGAGUCUUCAGACGCCAAAGAAGACAAUCAGUCAGACAGCGCUGAGGUGGAUGACCACUCAGUAGCCGAUCGCGGUCGUUCUUCUCUCCGUAGGGUUCACAGGACGAUUGUCGAUCCCCCGUUUCAUCAACUUGAGGAUCAGGACGUCCAGUUCGCAGAAAGCGACUCGGAUGUAGAGGAUGUGGAUGACUCGAAUGCCGAUGCUGCCCCCAUACGGUUUGACGACGUAGAGAUCAGUAAUGAAGAACCGGGUGUGCACGCAGUAUUCGCGGAGCUCCCGCAGGCUAAUCGUCGGAAAAAUUGGUCGAAGGUGAUUUAUUCAACAUCUAUUUCACCACGCGAUAUUCUAUCGGGGACAGCUGCACCACCCACAACCCCAAAAAACCUUGAUGAUGAAGAAUUCUUUACGCAAGUCUCUACUGCACCGAUCGUCACUGAGGGAGAUUUUGACAUGUCCAAGGAAUUUGUCAAUGUGGACGACUUGAGGGAGUGGGAGGAUGAAGCAAUGUUAGAUUCUGUUCGCGGCCUCUUCAUCACAGGAACUUCGCUUGAGGGCGAAUUCAAAGAGCAGGCUGGAGCAAGUCAGGACGGCGAUGUAGACAUUGUGGAUGGUGACGACCGCAGCGAUGUAAACUCGGCUGUCGAUGAGGCAGCACAUCAAGCGACCACCCUAGCGGCGAAGAAAGCGGCUCUGAAGCGCAAAUUUGAUGAGCAGUAUGACGACCCGGAAUCAUUGAAGCUGGAUUUCUAUGAGGACGCGAAGGGAGAAAUGGCUCGACAGCUGGAGCUGAAUCGCGCUGAAUUCAAGGACGAUGACCCAGAAUCACGGGUACUCAUCGAGGGCCACCGUGCUGGUUCCUAUGUACGAAUAGAACUGGCUGCCGUUCCUUGUGAGAUGGUGGAGUAUUUUGACCCAUCGUAUCCUCUUAUCGUCGGCGGAUUGCUACCGUCCGAAGAACGAUUUGGAUACCUUCAAGUACGAAUCAAGAGACAUCGCUGGUAUACCAGGACGCUGAAGACGAAUGAUCCUCUUAUAUUUUCUAUGGGCUGGCGCCGAUUUCAGACAGUCCCCAUCUAUUCCCUCGACGACCACUCGAUUCGCAUGCGGAUGCUCAAGUACACACCAGAGCACAUGCAUUGCUAUGCAACAUUCUAUGGUCCCGUCGCCUUACCGAACACCGGAUUUUGCGCGUUCAAUUCUCUACUAAGCGAUACGGCUGGAUUCCGCAUUUCCGCAACUGGUGUCGUUCUAGAUAUUGAUCGUUCGACGAAAAUUGUGAAAAAAUUGAAGCUUACCGGUGUACCAUUCAAGAUCUUCAAGAACACCGCGUUCGUCAAAGACAUGUUCAGCAGUGCACUCGAAGUAGCAAAAUUCGAGGGGGCUAACAUCCGCACUGUUUCAGGUAUUCGGGGCCAGGUCAAGAAGGCACUCACGAAACCUGAAGGCUCGUUCAGAGCAACAUUCGAGGACAAGGUACUUAUGAGCGACAUCAUAUUUCUCCGUGCUUGGUACGCCAUCGAACCGAGGAAAUUUUACAACCCAGUUACUUCUCUCUUACUGUCCCAGAAGGAGUGGUCUGGCAUGCGUUUGACCGGUCAAAUUCGCAGGGAUGAGGGGGUGAAGACACCAUCCAACUUAAAUUCUACUUACCGAGCCGUCGAAAGGCCAACGCGUCGGUUUAAUACUCUCAAGGUACCAAAAAAGCUACAGGCAGCUCUACCUUAUGCUUCAAAACCCAAACUUGUCAAGCAGCAACACCGGCGGACAUACUUGCAGAAGCGUGCUGUUGUAAUGGAGCCCGAAGAGAAGAAGGCCAUUGCUCUCUUGCAACAAAUCCGUGCAUUGCGCAAGGAUCAAGUUGCUCGUCGGAAAGAAAAGCAGGAGGUGCGUCGGGCGGCGCAUCGGCAGAAGAUUCAAAAAGAAGAGACAAAGAAAAGUGAGAAAGACAAGGAGAAACGCAAAGAGUACAUGAGGGCGGCUGGUAUGAAAAGCAGACGGGAAUCUGAGUUGGAAGACGGAAACAGUAGACACCAGAAACGGAGAAAAUUCUAA